GAAGGUGGAGCUAGCCAACUCGCAGCUGACUGAGACCCAGGAGAAGUGGCAGCAGCUGGACAGCAGUCAGCGUAGCUUGUCCUCCCACUGGCUGACGGAGCGGGAUCAGCUGAAGGCCGAACUAGACCAGCUGAAGGUCCGCUGUGCCGACCUUGAGAAGACCAACACGGAGAAACAGCGUCGCCUCAAGGAGAUGGAGGAAACCAGGGGGAAAGUGGCCUCCACCGCGGGCGGCGCUUCGAUCGCAAAAAUCGAUGCGCUGCAGAAGGAGAAGACAAAACUGGAGAGGCAGGUCAAGGAAUUCGAAGAAAAAAUCAGCCAGCAUGAGAAGGGCCAGCGGACGGCAGAGGAAAAACUGCAACAGCUGGAGAAAAAGCACAAGGCGGAGAAGGCUGAGUGGGAGAGCUCAAAGGCAUCUGCCCAGGACGCUGGAUCAUCCUCAAAAUCAAGAAUUGAAAAGCUUGAGUCGGAGCUCGCUGAGCAGAUGCAGGAAUAUGAAGACCUCACCAGAAAAUAUGAGCUGUUGGAGGAAGAUUAUGUAGUCAUCAAGGCUCAAAUGGUGAUGGAAAAAGAGCAAAUUGAAGGCGAGUUUACGACCCUGAAGCACGAAUACGACACAGCAGAGCGGGAAUUACGCGCCCUGAGGGACACCUACAACACGAAGCAGGACCAGUGGAUCAAGGACAAGCUGGAUCUGCAGGAAAAGGAGACGGACGAGAAACUGAGCCGGUCUGGAGGCGACGUGUGGAAGCUGGAGAGGGCCCGGCUUCAGGAGCAGAUCGGCGACAAGGAUAACGAAAUCCCAGGCUGA